AUGAAGCGAAAUGCCAACAGUUUGAAGCACCAAAUGGGGAACGAAUUAUACUCCUCAGAAGUGGUGUUCUUCGAUGUUGAUGCCCCCACCACCAAAGGUAAUAAGCAGUUCGUUCCAGGUAUUGCCGAUUUAGUUCCGUUGACAAAGCAACAAGAACAUUUAGAUCACUUUUACCGCGAUAUUUUUCUCAAACGAGGACUUAACGUAUAA